UCUCUCCUCUCUCGCCGCUGCUCUCGAAAAUCUUCCACCAAAUCUCCUCCUCCUCCUCCUCCUCCACCUCCUUCGCAGCAGCGGCGGCGGCGGCGGCGGCGGCGGCGGCGUUCGCUUCGCCUGUGCGGCAGACUCUCUCACUCCCUCAAGCCGCGUGUAGCGGAACCGAAGCCCUAGCUCUCUCUCUCUCUCUCUCUAGCGAAAUGAACUGCUCAAUAUCCGGCGAGGUGCCGGAGGAGCCGGUCGUCUUGACGAAGUCCGGCCACGUCUUCGAGAAGCGCCUCAUCGAGCGAAUGACAACCGACAAUGAGAGAUUAGAUUCUGAGAUGGAGAAGAUGUUGCUACUUUACAAAAGUUUUAUGGCUAGGGUCACAAAAUUUGAUGAAGUGGUAGCUGCAGGAAGCAGGUUUCUCGUCAGCUUUCAACAAGGGCGAGAAUUUGUUCGACGGCCUGCUUUAGACGGAAGUUCUAAUUUACUCAAGAAUAUUAUCAAAGCAAACGAAACAGAGAGGCUCACAUCAUACUUCAACGCUGGAUGUAUCCAUGCCAAUGAUGGGUCCCAGAAUUUGGCAAAGUUACGUACAUGUGUACUUGGUCUUCAAGGCCUUGUGAAUACAGCCAAAUCUAUACUGAUAGAGCUUGAGGGUCUUCUAGAGGAUGUAAUCAAGGUCUUAGAAGCUGCGAAUGAGUAUUUAUUACCAUCUCAGGAUGAAGACAUUGAUGAUAGAUUGAUGGGGGAAGCGACUAUUGCUGAUGAGGAGGAAACUGCAUCAUCUGAUUCUGGGAGACCUGAACUCACAGAGUAUGCUACCAUGAUGGGUGUUACUUACAGUAUGAUUAAACAAGACUUUGUCAUGCAGGAAAAGAUUGUCUCUGCUCUGAAUCUGAGGCUAUCAUCCGGAGAAUUAGAAACCUAUUGCACUAUGUGGUCUCUGCAUCCUUUCAUUGAUGAUGAAAUCAUGCAUCAGGCUUGGUCAUUCAUUCCUUGACCAUUUCCCUUAUGCAAAUUGUUGCCAUAUGACAUGUUUGUCGACCAAGGAAGGAUGUUGAGGACUAUCUAGAGGUGGCAAA